AUGGUAAGCGAAGAUUCCUUGAUUACGGGAGGAGCGACAGCAUCUCAAGAAGAGAAGGGGCGUGUCUUUCACAAUGAGUGGGCGGUGGAGAUAGAGGGCGGAGAAAGAAUCGCUAGAGACAUAGCAGAGGAAUAUGGUUUCACGUUUGUUAAAAAGGUGUUAUGGGUUGAGCAGCAAGAAACUCUGUUUCACGUGAAGCGUGAUGCGAAGGCCGUGCCCCACGAUGCGACAGGAAGUGAUUACAGGCCACCGUUUAACGUUCCUAAGUUUCCACAGCAAUGGUACCUGGUAUGGAACACAUCAACGUGUGAAUUUGUUCGGACAUUGAACGGCCACAGACGAGGUAUUGCUUGCCUACAAUACAGAGAUAGAUUGGUGGUCAGUGGUUCAUCAGAUAACACAAUCAGGUUAUGGGACAUCGAAUGCGGUGCAUGUUUAAGAGUCUUAGAAGGUCAUGAAGAACUAGUGCGAUGCAUUCGCUUUGACAACAAGCGCAUUGUCAGCGGAGCUUAUGACGGUAAAAUCAAAGUAUGGGAUCUCCAAGCCGCACUGGACCCACGAGCCACUUCCGGAACUCUCUGUCUGCGGACAUUAGUGGAGCACACUGGCCGUGUAUUCAGACUACAAUUUGAUGACUUCCAAAUAGUCAGCAGUUCCCACGACGACACCAUUCUCAUCUGGGAUUUCCUCGACGUUCCGCCCACCGACAACCCACCACUCUCCAGCAGUGGUAAAUCCCCUUCCCGAUCAUAUACCUACGUCACGCGGUAGGGGCGUCAUCGACCUCGCCCUUAGCGUAGUUUAAAAUGUAUACAAAGGGAGAUUUUUGGCAAGGUAUUCUGGAAUUUUUACAUGAUUGCAGUUUAAUAUUACGAAACUCAAGAAGAUGUUUUUGUACGUAUAGCUCAAUCGGUGUACCGUAUAGUCGUUUACUUCCUUUAUUUGGUUCCAUUUUUGGUUGCGAUAUAUACAUGAUAAUGACAAGUUUAAUUUGUCAGUCCUGCUUGUGAGUUUCUCCCAAGGAACAUGUAAGAUAUCGGCAACUUGACAGAAAUCACAAGAGGGCGCUCUUUAUGCAGACUUUAACGUGUAAUAUAAAUGUGUGAAUAUCUGUAUCAUAAUCUAAUUCUGUUAUGGAUGUAUGAUAAGUCUCGGGGCCUUGUUCGACAACCAAUCAGCAUACCUUUUUGCAAAUACCCAUUGUGCAUGAGGUGUGUCCUGGUCUUGCUAGCGAGCAAACUUGAUCGCUAGCUGCACCUCAUUCAACGCCUAAUGUGCGCGUACCGAGUAUUUGCGAUAAGGUUUGUGGGCGGGAGCGGAGGUGAAGAGCGCCCUCUAUGUGUGUGAUCUAUGUGCAUACCGGUACUCGGUCGUAAAAACUCAUUUUAAAGGGUGAACAUUCCAGCGAUACUCAGGGUGUGAUGCUCCGGGCUACUCAAAUCUCGUCUGAGGACUCGAAUCUGGUGAGCAGGUUGAAGACCAGGCCUGUAUGCUUUGUUUUUGAAAGGACAAUGGCACCAAGGCAUUUUCUCAUUGGUAAAGGGCACCCUUUGAGGAAAUCGUACAAUUCUAUCGGAGCAUUUCAAGGUCGCCAAGGCAAUGACCAGGGGGCAAUGUACACUAUUUGUGGCAGAAGUUUCUGCUCUACAAAGAAAGAAAUUGAAUUUGUUUGCAGUUUUUUUUUGUAAGCACCUCUGUAAAAAAUGCCCCAUGGUUCUAGACAUGAUUAUCAUCAUUCACAAGUAUUGUAAAAGGAAGGGGCCCGUUUCUAAAUACAUGUAAUUGCAUUUUAAGCCACACAUCCUGAAAGAAGCAUGUUAAUCAUGAAAACAGACAUUUUCACGAAGAGCAUAUCUGUGACUAAUAACUAGUGGCAAUUUCUAUACUCAACAUUUCAAAAGAAACUACAGGUAUCACACAGUUUUUGUAAACAAUUGUCACAAUUGUAGAUAUGUAAAAACAAAAAAACACAACAACAUUUGUGAUCUAAAAAUGCAGACUUACCUCCUUGUUCUUUGAACAAGCUGCACUACCUUUAGAUGAAAUAUAGUCUCCAGUGUUUGGUUUGAGGUUAUUAAAAAAAAAAAAUUGCAAUGAAAACAUUCUACUUGGCCAAGUGCAAGACUGCGUCAGGGCAUUCUACUUGGCCAAGUACAAGACUGCGUCAGGGCAGAAAAUUCCUGAAGUCAAAGAAAAAAAUGUUUUUGAAUGAA